AUGGAGGCUCCAGUGUGGACCAAAGAGUUCCAGUGUAGAGGCCAUGAGUCUGCUCUGCUAGACUGUGACAGUUCAGAUACAAACACCUGCUCUUCUGGCAAAGCUGUUGGACUCACCUGCUCAGAGCCCGAUAAUUUCCAGUUGGCGAGAGGAUCCAGUCGCUGUUCCGGUGAACUGGAGAUGAAGAACGAUGGAGAGCGGCAUAAAGUGGAUGUUGAUGAUCCUUCUGCCUGGAAUCUAAAGGCAGCAGAUGUACUGUACUCUGUCAGGCUGGUGAAUGGGACUAGUCUGUGUUCAGGCAGACUGGAGGUGAAGUCUAACCAGUCUAACCAGUCUAACCAGUCGUGGUCCUCAGUGUGUGAAGAUGACUUUGACCUGCAGGAUGCAGAGGUGGUCUGCAGGGAGCUUGGCUGUGGGGCUCCUUCAGUCCUCCAGGGGGCGCUCUAUGGAGACAUGGAGGCUCCAGUGUGGACCAAAGAGUUCCAGUGUAGAGGCCAUGAGUCUGCUCUGCUGGACUGUGACAGCUCAGAUAGAAACACCUGCUCUUCUGGCAAAGCUGUUGGACUCACCUGCUCAGAGUCCGAUAAUUUACGGUUGGUAAGAGGAUCCAGUCGCUGUGCCGGUGGACUGGAGAUAAAGAAAGAAGGAAAGUGGCAUAAAGUGGAUGUUGAAGAUUCUGCCUGGAAUGUAACGGCAGCAGAUGUGUGUAGACAUCUUGACUGCGGCUCUGCUGUUUCAACAGGGAGGAAUAAGAUGGAUUUCAACACAGAAAUAUGGAGGAUUAGAUCAACUUGUCUUCAAUCCAAGUCUGCAGUUGCAGAGUGUAUAUUAACAAAGUCUUACACUUCCCAUUCCAACCUGGAGAUCAUCUGCUCAGAUUUGCUGGCUCAGCCAAACAUCUCCUUCUCUACCCACAUUGACGGGGUUUCUGAGGCCACGCAGCAGGGGUUGCGAGUGCUCAUGGGCUCCGACUUCACCAUCAGCUGCUCCAUCCUGCCACAGUACCCAGGAGGCUCCUUCCAGCUCAUCUUCAACACCUCCGACCCAGAACAGAAGACCUACACCCUGCCAGCUGUCAAUCACACGGCCCACUUCCUGUUCUCUGCUGCAGGCUCCACCCACCGAGGGGAGUACCGCUGUGUUUAUCACCUCUACGUUUUCUCCCAUAACUUCUCUUCUGAGAGCCGGCUGCUCCAUCUCACUCUCGCAGCUUCUCUAACCGAGUUGAUCAUCAGACUUGUUGUCCUCCUGCUGGGUAUGAUGUCACUCAUCACUGCCCUCUGCGUCACCUCGAAGGCCAGCAGAAAACAGAAGCUGAGACGAGUGAAGAACAGUGAGAUUUAGGAUCGUGUUCUCGUGGCUUCCAGGUCUGAAGGCCGGAGGGAAAGAGAAGCAUCUCCAAGGUGCUCCUUAAAAAAUCUGAUGAAAAAAACAGUCAAAGAUAUUAGACAGAGGUUAUUUGCACACUCAAAGUAAAAAGAGUAACUUUUCCACCUGCUAAAAAAAGUUUGUAAGUGACUAAUUUAAUGUUUUUUUAAACACGUUGGGAAGUGGUUUAAGAUGCAUUUAGCCAGAUAUUAAAAAGGUCUAAACCAUUUUUUCUCCAGGUUGGAGAAAGACUUAGGUGCACGUAUUUGGGGGGUUUAUGAGUCGUCCCUCAAGAAAAUGUGAUCUUUUUUACAAUAAAAGAAAUAUGCAAUUUAACAUAAUAACACAUAUACUUUACAUUCAUUCAGUUUCAAAAUAAAAGCAGUGGCUCAUUAGACACAAUCCCUCCCUUUCCUGGUCGCUUUUUAGGUGGAAAGAGACACCAAAGAAUAUUAAAGUUGCUUUUGUAACUGAUUAUAAAGAUGAUGUAGGGAGGAAAAUGUGACAUUUUGUUGUAUUAUAUAAUCUGCAGAGCCAGUCAAAGAAAAGCUGUAGUAUGUUAGCCGUUAGCCGUUAGCUUGCCUUAUUCAUGAUAAACAUGUACGGUCACAUCAGACGAGUGUAUAUGUUUAACUAUAUUCUUUUUUACAUGAUGAAAACAAGAUGUGAGUAGUGGUGAUAAAGUUAAGAAA